AUGGAUAACCACUCGUACAGCUUCCCCUCAGACUGCGCCCCCCUGACCCCCCCGGGUCAGUCCGGGAGGAAGGGGGGGUCCACUGUGGUCCACAUGAGCGACACCCGGAGGGAACCUCGAGAUUAUUUGGUCUGGUCUCUCUGCAACACGCUCUACGUCAACUUCUGCUGCCUCGGAUUCAUGGCUCUCAUCUACUCCAUCAAGGCUCGGGACCAGAAGACCCAGGGGAACCUGGUCCUGGCUCAGGAGUGUGCGGACAAAGCUAAAUGGUACAACAUUCUUGCUGCUGGUUGGAACCUGCUGAUCCCUCUGCUGCUGCUGGUCGUGCUGGUCCUGCUCCUCAUCCACCUCGGAUCACAGGGACUACAGGGAUCACAGGGAUCCUUCGACUUCUUUGGAGAAGACGGAUUCCAGAACUUUCUCAAACUCUUCAGCUGGUAG